AGUUCCGCGGAGUUGGCCGGACCGAAGCUCCCCGGUCCCCGCGCCGCGCGCUCCCUUCCGCGUUCCGCCGUCUGCCCCACCUGCGCCCCGACCCGGCCGCUGGGUCCCCGAGCCAUGGCCCGAGCGUCCGGGGCGCGACGCUGACGGCGGCCGGCGGAGCGCGCCAUGCCCAGCAGGACGGGCCGCAAGAUGGACGGGAGCGGCGGCCGCGUCCGCCUGAAGGCGCACUACAGCGGGGACAUCCUGAUCACCAGCCUGGACUCCGCCACCACCUUUGACGAGCUCUGUGAGGAGGUGCGGGAGAUGUGCCACCUCCACCAGGGCCACCCACUCACCCUCAAGUGGGUGGACAGUGAAGGUGACCCCUGCACUGUGUCCUCCCAGAUGGAGUUGGAGGAGGCCUUCCGCCUGUCCUGUCAGCGCAAGGACGAAGGGCUCAUCCUUCACGUUUUCCCCAGCAUCCCCGAGGAGCCAGGCAUGCCCUGUCCGGGAGAAGACAAAUCCAUCUACCGCCGCGGAGCCAGAAGAUGGCGGAAGCUGUACCGCGCCAACGGCCACCUCUUCCAAGCCAAGCGCUUUAACAGGAGAGCGUACUGCGGCCAGUGCAGUGAAAGGAUAUGGGGCCUUGCCAGGCAGGGCUACAGGUGCAUCAACUGCAAACUGCUGGUCCAUAAGCGCUGCCACGUCCUCGUCCCGCUGACCUGCAACAGGCAUAUGGAUUCUGUCAUGCCUUCCCAGGAGCCUGCAGUGGACGACAAGAGUGACGACGUGGACCUUCCUUCCGAGGAGACGGAUGGAAUUGCUUAUAUUUCUUCAACCCGGAAACAUGAUAACAUUGAAGAUGAACCUGAGGACCUCAAGCCGGUCAUCGAUGGGAUGGACGGCAUCAAAAUAUCUCAGGGGCUCGGGCUGCAGGACUUUGACCUUCUCAGGGUCAUCGGCCGCGGGAGCUACGCCAAGGUCCUGCUGGUACGGCUGAAGAAGAACGACCAGGUCUACGCCAUGAAGGUGGUGAAGAAGGAGCUGGUCCACGACGACGAGGAUAUUGACUGGGUACAGACAGAGAAGCACGUGUUUGAGCAGGCAUCCAGCAACCCUUUCCUGGUCGGCUUACACUCCUGCUUCCAGACCACAAGUCGCUUGUUCCUGGUCAUCGAGUACGUCAACGGGGGUGACCUCAUGUUCCACAUGCAGAGGCAGAGGAAGCUGCCCGAGGAGCACGCCAGGUUCUACGCUGCUGAGAUCUGUAUCGCGCUCAACUUCCUACACGAGAGAGGGAUUAUUUAUCGGGACCUGAAGCUGGACAACGUUCUCCUCGACGCUGACGGCCACAUCAAGCUGACGGACUACGGCAUGUGCAAGGAAGGCCUGGGCCCUGGCGACACGACGAGCACUUUCUGCGGGACCCCGAACUACAUCGCCCCGGAGAUCCUGCGGGGAGAGGAGUACGGGUUCAGCGUGGACUGGUGGGCGCUGGGCGUCCUGAUGUUCGAGAUGAUGGCUGGCCGCUCCCCCUUCGACAUCAUCACCGACAACCCCGACAUGAACACCGAGGACUACCUUUUCCAAGUCAUCCUGGAGAAGCCCAUCCGGAUCCCCCGGUUCCUCUCGGUCAAGGCCUCCCACGUGUUGAAAGGAUUUUUGAACAAGGACCCUAAGGAGAGGCUCGGCUGCCGGCCGCAGACUGGAUUUUCCGACAUCAAGUCUCACGCUUUCUUCCGUAGUAUAGACUGGGACCUGCUGGGGAAGAAGCAGGCCCUGCCGCCCUUCCAGCCGCAGAUAACGGACGACUACGGCCUGGACAACUUCGACACGCAGUUCACCAGCGAGCCGGUGCAGCUGACCCCGGACGACGAGGACGUCCUCAAGAGGAUUGACCAGUCGGAGUUUGAAGGGUUUGAAUACACCCACCCGCUGCUCCUGUCCGCCGAGGAGUCCGCGUGAGGCGCCCGUGGACGCGGGCAGACGGUGCGGGCCUGUCCCCGACCACCGCGCAUGCAUGCCGGGCUGGGCGCUGGCGGCCCGGGCAGAACAGCCCCUCCAUCCGGCCCGCGCCGCCUGCACCGGAGGAACUUGCUUCUUGUGCCUGCGCCGCGGAGGCCGCGGUGCCCGUGUCCGAGGGAGAAAGUGUCCCCGACUUCGAAGGUGCACACUUUCCACAGAAACAGAACUGACCUGCGCCGCCGGGAGAGUUAGCCUGUAACGUCCUGAGGAAUAAAGUGUCCCGAUGAUGUUGAAGCUUCCCUCUGAUGCCUUUUUUUCGCGGGUGGCACCCGCCCCGGCGUCGCAGGCACGGCCCCACCGGGGACGGGAGCGUAAGUGCCUGCGGGGAUCCACUGCAAUGGAGCAUUUUUACAAAUUCGGAACAUUUUCUAAAUCCUGGUAAGUUCCUGUUGUUAAUAUUUAACAAGUAUUUUCAUACCGAGCAUGUCAGUAGCCCCUGUGGUCUGACGCCCAGGUCCCCCCUUCACCAGGUGGGCACCGCUGGUCCCAACCCAGGCAUUAGACUGACCAGGAAAAUUGGAUCAUAGAGGUUCUAAAACACGGCUCACCAAAGCACCCGUAGACCAAAAAACAAAAAAUUGAAAACUAAAUCCGCACAAAAUAUAUUUCUGGAAACACUAA